AUUUAUGUCCACAUAAGGGAGAAGAAGCGUUAGGACGUCGCGUUAAGACGUAUUAGAGAAUGUUAUAUUUUAUUAAAACCUAAUUAUUUUCCAUUAAUUUGUACGCGUUAAACGAUACUGAAGGGGCUCGUUGCAUAUUCCGAACCGCACUAGGCAACUCCUGUCUGCGCUACAUUUACCCAGGACUAGCUUUCCUUUCACUGUUCGCACAGAAAGUACCCCCUGGAGCGAAAGGGAUCUGCCUUUUCAGACAGACGCCUCCAGAGAAAGGGCUCCACAACAAGGAAAUGCGCGAUUUUGGGAAGGCAUGAUUUCUAGAUUCCAAGGGAAAUUAUAAUGGACAACAUUGUUUACGACUUUGCCAAGAUCACUUUUCAACCGAAGGAGGUGGCCUUCACGGGGAAUCGGUCAUCCACUAGCUCGAAUCUUUCGUGGCGACUGAAGGAGAUGGCCAUGUCGGACAUGGAGGAGAUGCAGGAUACAUCCGAGCCAAUAGCGACACCCGAAUCCGACGGCAAUGUCAGCAGUGCGUCCCAAGACUCCGACGACGUGGACUCCCAACUGAGUCGCUGCGAGGACAAUGACGACGACAGCGAUUGCAUCAGUGGAUCCUCCAGUCACAGUUCCCACAUCGGGGCUCGGGCGGGCGUGGCUCGUCGCCGGAUGCCCGCCAGGGUGUCCAAGGAUAACUUCAAUCGGAUCUGCAGUGCCAUUAUGAAGCCCGUUAAGAAGAAGCAACGCAGGGAGUUAAGCACCAACGCCCAAACGCUCAAAAGCAUCGAAAAGAUAUACACCAGCAAGCGGAUGAAGAAGUUCACGCCCACCAACCUGGAGACAAUCUUCGAGGAGCCCAGCGACGAGAACGCCGCCGAUGCGGAGGACGACAGUGAGGAAUGCUCCAUCAGCAGCCAAGUGAAGGUGGUCAAGGUGUGGGGUCGCAAGCUCCGCCGGGCGAUUUCCUUCAGCGAUGGCCUUAACAAGAACAAGAUCCUGUCAAAGAGACGCCGCCAAAAAGUGAAGAAGACAUUUGGCAAGCGCUUCGCCCUCAAGAAAAUCUCAAUGACUGAGUUCCACGACCGUCUGAACAAGAGUUUCGACAGUGCCAUGCUCGAGGCCGACGAUGGCGAGGCGGGCGGGUCGGGGGAUCCCCAAGACGUCCUUGAGAUCCCCAAGACAUCCAUGACCAUGGAGGAUAUACAGCUGCCGGCCAUGAGCAGCCAACACCAGUUCCUCAUGCAACCGGCGGGCUUUGAGUAGACAGACUGAAUGAUUCAACGCGCACCACAUAAUUAUUCAUUGCAUUAUUACUAAACAAAAACAAUUGUACUGAUAGCAACUAUGAAGCUAGGAUUUACGUUCGUUUGGCGCUCUUCACGCCGUAGCCCUAAGUUCCCAACAAAGUUAUAUGUGUGUAAAUAGCAUGUAGUGGAAAGUAAACUAGAGCUAAACCUAAAACUAAACUUAUCCAGCCAUAGAAUACGAUUCUGUGCCUAGCCAUUAAGCGUAUAAAUAAAAGUUGAAAAUACAUAUCCA